AACCGGAAGUGCAUAUCUAUGACGCGACGCUGGUUUCCGGUCGCUUUUAGGCGGCGAGUUUUCAGCUCCGGGGGCAUUUCUGUCUUGAAGUUUCACUACUGGGACAUUUUGUUUCUGUUGAAAAAUCCUGUAAGCAACCAGUUUUGUUUGUGGUACCUGAGCUUCCUUUAUUUCCUCCUGCAGCACCAUGAGCAAGCGGAAGUGCGGGGAACAGCAGCUGGCUGUGGGAGAAUGUGUGUCCCAGGUCCAGAGAGUACUGAGGGAGCGGUUCUGUCACCAGCGGCUUCCGCAUAAACCCGUGGGCCUGGAAUCACAGUACAAGCACCUGUUGGAGCUGUUGAGGAGGACAGCGGUUCACGGUGAGAGUAACUCAGUGCUUAUAGUCGGUCCACGUGGAUCUGGCAAAACUAUGCUGCUACGUUGUGCUCUCAGAGAGCUGCUGGAGUUGCAGGAGGUGAAGAAGAAUGUUCUGCAGGUUCACCUGAGCGGUCUGCUGCAGACAGACGAUCGGAUCGCUCUGAGAGAGAUCACACGCCAGCUUCAGCUGGAGAACGUCGUAGGAGACAAAGUCUUUGGCAGCUUCGCAGAGAAUCUGGUCUUUCUGCUGGACGCUCUGAAGAAGGGUGAUAAAAGCAGCAGUCGCCCGGUGUUCUUCAUUCUGGAGGAGUUUGAUCUGUUUGCGCAUCAUAAGAACCAGACCCUCCUGUAUAACCUGCUCGAUGUUUCUCAGUCCGCUCAGGCUCCUGUAGCUGUGGUGGGCCUCACCUGCAGACUGGACGUGCUUGAGCUCUUGGAAAAGCGUGUGAAGUCUCGGUUUUCCCACAGACAGAUUCACCUGUUGAGUUCUCUGAGUUUCCGUCAGUAUCAAGACGUUUUUCGGUCUGAGCUCACGCUGCAGGACGACUUCCCUGACAGCAAGUUCUCUCAGGAGUGGAACCUCAGCAUCUCGAAACUGUGUGAGGACAAGUCGGUGGAUGAGAUUUUACAGAAACAUUAUAACUCCUGUAAAGAUUUCCGCUCACUACACUCACUGCUGUUGCUGGCAGUGAGCCGUGUCUCUGUCUCAAACCCGACCCUAAGAGCUGUAGACCUACUGGAGGCCAGUCGAAUAAGCUCAGCUGACUCAAAAGGCAACAUCUUGCACGGUCUGUCCAUCCUGGAGUUGUGUUUGAUUAUCGCCAUGAAGCAUUUGAACGAUAUCUACGAAGGAGAGCCCUUUAACUUCCAAAUGGUUCACAACGAGUUUAAGAAAUUUCUUCAGAGGAAGUCUCACUCCAUCCAUAACUUUGAGAAGCCGGUGGUGUUUAAGGCAUUCGAGCACUUGCUGCAGCUGGAGUUGAUCCGGCCGGUGGAUGGCGGAGUGUGUAAAGUGCAGAGGGAGUACCAGCUCAUGCGUCUCAUGCUGGAUCACACACAAGUGAUGGAGGCUUUGCAAAGAUACCCACAAUGCCCCACUGAUGUCAAACAGUGGGCCGUCUCCGCCUUUGGGUGACGCUUUUCACCUUUAUGUCCUGUGUACACAUCAUGCACUUAACACUUUUUUUUUUUUUUUUUUUUUGUAAAUGAAAUCAUUUUCACUUUUUUGUAUUUUUGUACACUUAUCUCUCACAACAUAAAGGCACCUGCUGUUACAGUGAGCUUACAGAGAGUCUGUUAAUCAGGUAUUUAAAAAAAGCCUUAAAGUGUGUGAACACCUCAGCAGAGUUGCUGGCGUUUCUCACUUUGUGUGUGAAAACUGGAGGAAAAAAAAAAAAAGUGAAGUGUGUCAGAGGAAGAAGUGCAUUUGCUGCUAAUAAAAUCAGAUCCACAAUAAGAAAAAGGAAAGUGCUUGAAAAAUGUUAAUGUGACAGACAAUAAAGGAAGCGAAGCUGAAGAACAAA